ACACACGGUCACACUACGCUUUCAUCAGCUGCGCGUGCUUGCAACACGUUUUCUUGUUUUUGAAGUAAACAAUUUGCAAAAACAGCGAAAAUGUCGUCGUGGAAAAAGGCGUCAAAGAGCAACCAGAAGGUGCAUCGCGAGCGCCACCAGCCAGAGGCUCGCCAGCAUCUGGGGCUGCUGGAAAAGAAGAAAGACUACAAGAAGCGUUCGCUCGACGCGCAUCGCAAGGAGCAGACGCUGAAGGUGCUCUACAAGCGGGCGCUGAACAAGAAUCCCGAUGAGUUCUACCAUCAUAUGAUCAACUCCAAGCUCAACGAUGAUGUACAUCGCGAGAAGGAGGCCAAGGACGAACACACACCCGAUCAAUUGGCGCUGAUGGAGACACAAGAUUUGAAAUAUGUAAUCAUGAAAUUAACUGUGGAGCGCCGCAAGCUGGAACGUUUGCGUGCCUCGAUUGUGGACCUGGAUGCCGCGCAGGGGCAAAACAAACGUUUCACAUUCGAUGAGAGUGGCGUGAAACAGCGUGUUGUGGCACCUACUUUAGGUGAACGCGUAGCUGCAGCUGAUGUUGAGGCAACAUCCUCAAAUGACAUUCUCCGGCAGCAGCGUAUCAAUGAGCUCAAGAAACGUGAACAACGCGAACGUGAACUUAACAUUGUAAAGCAAAAGCUAGAGAUGAAAAACGCCUUAAAACAACCACGCCUACUCAAGCCUAAGAAACUCAAAAAAUGGCACCAAAGACAGUGCUCCUGUCUACAGAUUUCAAUAUGAACGCAAAAAAUAAAUCACUAUAAUAUCCUUACCUUACGCUAAUUAAUUCAGUUUGGUUUAGUUCCAAGUAGUAAGCAAAAUAGUUAUUUUACUUUACCUUUCAAUUCUUGGGGCUUUUUUUGUUUAUAGAAUAGUUAUCAAUAAGCGAUAUAAAAAUCAUCUGCAUCAAUUUUUAAGUGAAUGCAAAACGACGCCUUAAGAACUAUUAAUAAAAAUUAAAUACUUA